CUUGCUUGCGUCGGUCGCUUCUCUCGGCAACGGGAAACGUCAAAUUUUGUGAACUGGAUGUGGAGAAAAAAAAAAUAUCUAAAAAAGGUGUAAAGAAAACCCAAAGCAUCAAGGAAAAGUGAAGCAUAAAAGUUUUGUGGAGGAAUAUAAUUUCGGGUGGUUUCUUCGAAUCGGUUUGUCGGUGACCCGUGACGGUGCAGUUCAGUGAUGCGUUACGGGCAGUAUACUACUGGUGAAAAGUAACUUUUUCUUUCUUCGGGCAGCAACAUUAGCCAGCGGCCUUUUUCUCGGGUGGAGAAAAGCGUAGAUGGCCGUUUCGGAUUGAAUUCUAUCCACUGCAAAAUCGGUCCUAUUUUUGUGAGAAUUAAAACAGUUUUUUCGGAGGCCCGUGAAGAAGCGUGAAGUCAACGUUGAACGAGUUAAAGUUUUCUACGAUUGUGAGCAGAUUUUGGUUGUUACUGUUGUUUUAUUCUUUUUCGCCCCCAUUCGUCGCCGUCUGGGGCUGUGUAAUUUAAAUUCUUUCUAAUACUAAAAUUUUGGAUGCGAGAAAAGGCAUUUUUUUCCUAACUGAAGUUGAGUGAAAAAUUAGGCGUAUAAGCAUAGAAGUGAAAAAUCUGUGGAGGGCGCCGAAGAAGAUUGAGGUGCGAGGGCAAAGUGCGUUUUUUCGGAGUGAGUCAGGAAACGGAAGGGGAGCGGAAGCGCCAGGUGGGAAGCGCGGUGUGUGGAGUAAACAAAAAGAAAGAAGCAUCCAAAACAUACCAGUCGACGAGGCGUAUCAAGCAGCAACCAUCAAGCCCCUGUACCUGUGGUGUAUGUGAGAAGCGUGGGAGGAGGCCAGAAGAGUGGGGCACCGAAAAAUAUAGGCGUGUGGUGCUAGCUGCUGGUGCUGAAAAAAGAACGGGAGCCACAAAGUCCAAAAGUUCGAUUUUUCGAUUCUUCAUAGCGGCAUUUCCUGUUAUUUUUCCUCCGAAUUGAAUUGCAGUUCGGCCUAUAGGCACAUGGAUGAGUGAGUGAGUGAGUGAGUUAGGAAUUCCAACUAGCGUUUAGCUCUUAGAAUCGAAAUCGGGGUUCCCAUUGAGGUUAUUAUUCGAGAAAAAUCAAUAUUCGCUUCCCACACCUCGACGACGACGAAGAAGAAAGGGAAGGUCGAAUUUUAUGUGAAAGUGACACGUUCUCGUACGCACAUAGUGAAAUUUUGCAUGGUUCGGUGUUAUUUUCUUUGCUGAAUAUCAACGCAGAGCUCUAAGCUGGAAGCGACAACGAUGGCCUUGGAGGAGACGCAGAACGGUACGGUGGUGCAGCAGAAGGAAGGUGCUCAGAAGCCGCAGCAGCAGAUACAGCCUUCCACGUCCAGCGAGAAGCUGAAUGCACUGGCCAAUGGGACCAACGAGAAAUCACGCAACAAUAACAAACAGAAUGACACAAACACAGCUUUCCUCAGAGCAGCCAGGGCCGGCGAUCUACAGAAACUGAUAGAGUACCUCGAGACCGGGCAGGUCACAGAUAUAAAUACAUGCAAUGCGAACGGUCUAAACGCCCUGCACCUCGCCGCCAAGGACGGGCACUUCGAAAUCGUUCAGGAACUGCUCAAACGGGGCGCCAACGUAGACAAUGCAACGAAAAAGGGCAACACAGCGCUACACAUAGCGUCGCUGGCGGGUCAAAAGGAAAUCAUCCAGCUCCUCCUGCAGUACAAUGCCUCGGUCAAUGUGCAAUCCCAAAAUGGCUUCACGCCCCUCUACAUGGCCGCCCAGGAGAAUCACGACGAAUGUGUCAACCUGCUGCUGGCAAAGGGAGCGAAUCCGGCCCUGGCUACGGAGGACGGAUUCACACCUCUGGCCGUAGCAAUGCAGCAAGGUCACGACAAAGUCGUUGCGGUUUUGCUUGAAAGUGAUACCAGGGGCAAGGUGCGGUUACCGGCUCUGCACAUAGCGGCCAAGAAGGACGACGUCAAAGCGGCGUCGCUGUUGCUCGAGAACGAACACAAUCCCGACGUGUCGUCCAAGAGUGGCUUCACGCCACUGCACAUAGCCGCCCACUAUGGGAAUGUCAAUGUCGCCCAGCUGCUGAUCGAGAAGGGUGCCGAUGUUAAUUUUACCGCCAAGCACAAUAUUACCCCACUGCACGUGGCCUGCAAGUGGGGCAAGCUGAAUAUGGUAUCGAUGUUGAUCAAGAACUCGGCACGAAUCGACAGCGUAACACGGGAUGGGCUGACACCGUUGCACUGUGCGGCCCGAUCCGGUCACGAUCAGGUCAUUGAGCUGCUACUGGAGCAUAAUGCCGACAUCAUUGCCAAAACCAAGAAUGGCCUCGCUCCGCUACAUAUGGCAGCACAAGGUGAGCACGUGAGUGCCGCUAAAAUUCUCCUGGUCAACAAAUCACCGGUAGAUGACAUCACUAUAGACUACCUAACGGCUCUUCAUGUGGCGGCACACUGUGGUCACGUGAAAGUGGCCAAACUGCUGCUGGAUCGCACCGCCGAUCCAAACGCGAGGGCACUCAACGGAUUCACUCCACUGCACAUUGCUUGCAAAAAGAACCGCAUCAAGGUCGUAGAACUGCUGUUAAAACAUGGUGCUACCAUCAGUGCUACCACGGAAAGCGGCCUUACUCCGCUGCAUGUAGCCAGUUUCAUGGGUUGCAUGAACAUUGUGAUCUAUCUGUUGCAACACGAUGCUAGUCCCGAUAUUCCCACGGUGCGAGGAGAAACCCCACUGCAUCUGGCUGCCCGAGCCAAGCAAGCCGACAUCAUCCGGAUUCUCCUACGGAACGGUGCUUACGUUAAUGCACAGGCACGGGAGGAUCAAACACCGCUACAUGUUGCCUCCAGAAUCGGCAACGUCGACAUCGUGAUGCUCCUGUUGCAGCAUGGUGCCAAGAUCGAUGCCGCCACCAAGGACAACUACACCCCGCUGCACAUCGCUGCCAAAGAAGGUCAAGACGACGUCGCUGCCGUCCUGUUGGACAACAAAGCCAACAUGGAAGCAAUUACGAAGAAAGGGUUCACUCCUCUCCACCUGGCGGCCAAGUACGGCAAUCUCAAAUGCGCACAACUGCUACUGGAACGCGGUGCCCAAGUGGACGUCCAGGGCAAGAACGGUGUCACUCCGCUACACGUCGCUAGUCACUACGAUCACCAAAAGGUGGCCCUGCUGCUGCUGGAGAAAGGUGCUUCCCCCUAUUCCCCGGCCAAAAAUGGCCACACACCGCUGCACAUCGCUUCGAAGAAGAACCAACUGGACAUUGCCAACACGCUGCUCGAGUACAAGGCGGACGCAAAUGCCGAAAGCAAGACCGGUUUCGCACCGUUGCAUCUCAGUGCCCAGGAAGGUCACCGUGACAUGUCCCAGCUGCUGCUGGAAAACGGCGCCGACCCGAACCUUGCCGCCAAGAAUGGUCUAACUCCGCUCCAUCUGUGCGCCCAGGAAGACCAUACCGAUAUCGCAAAGGUCCUUCUCGAUCACGGUGCAAAGAUCGAACCGACAACGAAAACCGGCUUCACCCCACUGCACGUGGGUGCCCACUUUGGCCAAAUCAACAUCGUCAAGUUCCUGCUGGAGAACGAUGCCAACAUCGAAAUGAAGACCAACAUCGGUCACACGCCGCUGCACCAAGCCGCCCAACAGGGUCACACUUUGAUCAUCAACUUGCUGCUGAAGAACAAAGCCAAUCCGGAAGCGGUGACCAACAACGGUCAGACGGCACUGUCAAUUGCCGACAAGCUGGGCUACAUCACCGUUGUGGAGACGCUGAAGGUCGUCACGGAAACCAGCGUCACUCAAACGGUGGACGAGAAGUUCAAGAUCGUUGCGCCGGAAACCAUCCACGAGACGUUCAUGUCGGACUCGGAAGAUGAAGGCGGAACAGACGAUACCAAUCUGCCGACUGACACCAACCUUCUGAGCCAAACCCAGCAGUCGUGCAGCAGUAGUGGUGUUGUCAAGUACUAUCAGUCGCAGAUGCGUUACACACGCGAAGAUCCGAUCAUGUCUGAUCAGCAGCAGUACAACUACAUGACGAGCGACGAGAAUAAACAGUUCGACGACACCAACAUCACCAAUAUGAGCAUCGAUCCGAUGAAGGACGAGAAGUACCUGGAGAAGAUUAUCUCCAAUGCCGAAAAGUACCCAUCGAUGACACCCCGCGAGAGCACACCCAACCCGCUGGACAUCACCGUGACCGACAAUGUCAACAUCACACGGAAGCCGAUCCACGUUGGGACACUGUUGAUCCGCAGUAAUAGCCUAUCGUUGUCGCUCGGUGGUCUAGCGGUCUAUUGCAAAAAGAAAAACUUUUUUCCACUGUGUAGGGAAAGAUUUCUGGUUUCGUUCCUGGUCGAUGCCCGGGGUGGUGCCAUGCGUGGAUGUCGCCACAGCGGUGUUCGCGUUAUUGUCCCUCCACGUUCGGCUGCCCAACCGACGCGGAUCACCUGUCGGUACGUGAAGCCACAACGAAUCACCAACGCUCCACCGCUGAUGGAAGGUGAAGCACUGGUCAGCCGCAUUCUGGAACUGGCCCCGGUCGGUGCCAAGUUUUUGGGUCCGGUAAUUAUUGAAGUUCCACACUUUGCCUCGCUGCGCGAGAAGGAACGUGAGAUUAUUAUUCUACGAUCGGAUAACGGUGAAACCUGGAGGGAGCAUACACUGUACGACAGUGAGGAAGCCAUCCACGAUGUGCUGAAUGACACAUUCAAGGGCGAUACCUUGAAUUUCUUGGAGGAUUUGCAUACGAACCGGAUUACCCGGGUUUUGACGAAUGAUUUCCCGCAUUACUUUGCGGUCGUGUCCCGUAUUCGGCAGGAAGUGCACGCCAUUGGACCGGAGGGUGGAACCGUUUCCGCUACAGCUGUCCCGCUGGUUCAGGCCAUCUUCCCGCAGAAUGCCCUGACCAAGAAGAUUCGCGUUGGUCUCCAGGCUCAACCGAUCGAUAUGAAUACGACAGCGAAUCUACUCGGCCGAAGCGUUGCCGUAUCACCGGUGGUAACGGUUGAACCCAGACGGCGCAAGUUCCACAAAGCGAUCACACUGAGUAUGCCGGCGCCGAAGGCAUACAAUUCCGGUAUGAUCAAUCAGUACUCGGGCAACGCUCCGACGUUGAGAUUGCUUUGCUCGAUUACUGGCGGUCAGAACAAAGCCGUUUGGGAAGAUGUUACCGGGUCGACUCCGUUGACCUUUGUCAACGAAUGUGUUUCGUUUACCACGACGGUGUCGGCUCGCUUUUGGUUAAUGGACUGUCGCAACAUCAACGAAGCUACCAAAAUGGCCACGGAUCUUUACUCGCAAAUGUCUCACGUUCCGUUCAUGGUGAAGUUCGUGGUGUAUGCCAAGCGAGUUGAUCAAACUGAAGCGAGGUUGAGCGUUUUCUGCAUGACCGACGAUAAGGAAGACAAAACUUUGGAACAUCAGGAGCACUUUACGGAGAUUGCCAAGUCCCGCGACGUGGAAGUGUGCGAAGGUCGUGUAGUUUAUUUGGAAUUCGCUGGAAAUAUUGUUCCCGUGCAGAAGAGUGGCGAACAGCUAUCGAUUCAGUUUAGCGCCUUCAAGGAGAACCGACUUACCUUCACCGUCAAGAUCAAAAACAAUCUCGACGAUCUGCUGGGUCGUAUUUCGUUCAUGAGCGAACCCAAAGUGGCCAAGGGCGAGCCGGUUCCCACACCGCUAUGCACCCUGAACUUUACACUGCCUCCGGAAAAAUACGGCCUUGGUGGAGAUGAAAUGGAGACAGGCUCCGAGUUCGAUCAGAGUUCAACGGAAAUUCUGAACUUUGACCAACAGGCAAUCGUCAAUGCUGCCAACCGAAGCAAAACAUUGAACUUUACCUUCCAAAAUGGAGAUGCUGGAAGCGACAUACACAAGGCAGACAUCAAAAUCACCGACAUUUGCAAUCUGCUAGGGUCGGAUUGGCCUCUGCUGGCAGAGGAACUGCAGAUUUCCCCAACCGAUGUAGAUCUCAUCAAGGCAGAAUACGAAAACGACGAAGCCCAACAGGCAGUGGUGAUGUUGCGCUUGUGGCUGCGUCAAGCCGGCAAGGAUGCCACCGGGAACGUGCUGGAGCAAGCACUGAUCAAAAUCAACCGGGCGGAUAUUGUGAGCAAAUCGAUUACCAACCUGGAGCUGGUAACCGACGAGCGGGAGAGGAAGCUAGCGAAGCAACAGCUAGGUUCGACCAACGGAAUCGACGAAGUCGAUCCGGUCAAGAUCAACGGGGUAGAGUGCAAUACGGUGGAAGGUUCGAUGGAAGAAUCCUCCCACGAGCCGGCGGAGGAAAAGCAAGAACACGAAACCGACGAAAAAACUAGCAAGGAACCGUCGACUUCGUCGUCGUCGUCAGCCUCGUCACCGGACAACACCGAAGCAAUCCAGCAAAUCCGAAGGGAAAGUGUAAUCUUGGGCAUUGAUUCCGACAAGAAGGACGGUGACAUGGCCACUCCGCCACCCAGUCCGGCUGAGUACAAUACCCAGCAGCAGCAUCAGCAGCAGCCGGAAGUGAGCAGAACCGAGGAGGAGCAGCAGCAGGUCAUCGUCGAGGAUGUACAGGAGAUUAUUCAGGCUGCGAUCGCGGAACAUGACACUACCGGCGACGAUGACGAGGACUUUGAAGAUGCCAUCGAGCAGGAACCGGUGAUGCAGAAGCAGAAGCCACUGGUCGAGACGGGUGACGAGGAAGAUGAUGACGAGGAAGGGAACGAGUCGGAUGACUUUGAACAGCUGGAUCUGGAAACGGACAAGAGUGGCAAGGUUAGGACAAUCAAGAAGCACUCGAAGGUCAAUAUCAAAAUCAACAAACAGUUGGCCCACAGGCCGAACGUGGAAGACAUUGAGUGGGAGGUUACGCCCUCUGCUGCGGAAGAACCAACGGAAGUGGUUACCAAGGAGAUCUCAUCGGUCAAUUUGGAAGAUGUUUCCAACGAUCGGCGGUAUAGUCUGGAUAGAAUGGACCCAUCGCCGGGUACACUGCGGGUGGAUGCUGGACGAAUGUUUGAAAAGUCCUUCUCGACACCGGGUGACGACGAGCAGAAAACCGAGCAGAUUGUGAUCAUAUCCUCGGACAACAACAUCUCGGAGGCGGCGGCUGAUUACUCCGGUGAUAUAGAUGAAUUUAUUUUCGUGCAAACGUCGCCAGAGAACUACGCCAAAAUGGAUAAGGAACAGAAUGCUACCGACGAAGAUGACAACAGCAACCUGGUGAUAAUCACCGAGGAGCACUACGACUACGAAAUGGAAGACGAUCGGCGAUCGAGUGUUAUCGAUCAGUCGCCAGACCAGGAUGACGAUGAUGAUUCCCCGCAGAAAUUUAUCGUCGGAGGUAGCAGUAGUUCGGAAAGCGACGAGGAUCGACUCGGUGGUGGAAGGAGGGAUUUGACACCCAACCAAGCGGAAGGAUCCAACUGUCCUACGCCGUCCAUUACGGUUACGCAGCCCGGUGCUACCAGCGCUACCGGAGGUGCGAGUUAUUCCAGUCGAACCGGUGGCUCUUCUAGUGGGUCGGACGUGGCCCUGCACGAAACUGGCGGCGAACUGAGUGAUGACGACGAAACAGGUAAAGUCAUCUCUGCCCAGCAAAAAUCCGACACAGCCGCUAUAGCAGUCCACACCGCCGCUACUCCAGAAAGCACAGUUUCUGCAGAAACUGCGCCAUCGCCGCGCCCACCAGUGGUAGUCAUUCAAACUGCUGAACAGCCACAAUUCGAAGCCAGUCAGGAAAGCCAGAAACUGAACCCUGAAGCCGAUACCGUUGUCGACGACGGUGGCAAUCCGCAAUCGGAGCCGAAAUCCAUCGUAUCUUCUUCCGGCGAUGUGGAUGACUCGCAAGAUCUAAUUGACAUUGAAGCUAUCAAUUGCGAAACGCUCCUGGACGAUGAUGACCAACCUUCCGGUGCCAAUCUGAUCUUGGGCAACGAGGAUGAUAUUCUAUUGCCAAUCAAUGCGGAUAACACUCAUGUUUCACCACCUGUCGUCGAGCUGGGUACUGACGGUGAUGGGAUUACUUCCGAACAAGUCGUGGUGACGGUCAUUCAGAAUAACUCUUCACACGAGGGCCACACUGAUGAUAAGAACUAUCUAGUGCAGAAUACCGACCAGGUGACAUGUGUGGAACCUAGCGAACCACCAGCGGAAAGCCUCUCGCCCACCCACGAAGACGCCACCAGCCGCCGGAUGGAAACCAACACGUUCGUCGACGAAUCGGAAGACGGUACCGUACGCACAACUGUGAUCACAACGACCACCACCAUCAACGCAACCACGGAUCAGCUCCCGGAGGACCUGCAGCGGCAAUUGCUGGAGCAAAUGCAGUUGGCAGCAACCGCCGCCGGAGCGAGUGAGCAAUGCAACACCGUGGUAACCACAAUGGUAACCUCAGCCAGCGACGACGAAGACGACGACGCCGACCAAGAGUCGGGUUCACCGAAUCACUCUACGAAAACGACGACAACGACCAAGACCACAACCAAUACCAUCACGCUGACGUCGACCGAUGCCGACUUCCCUGAGGAUGAGCUAUUGCAGAUGCUGCAGCAAUCCGGCGUACCGGAAGUAGUCAAAGAAACCCGAACCGUCACGGUGACCGAGGUAGUCGAUGGGAAACCGGAUGCCAAACCCUCGAUCAAUGCGAUCGUCGAUGAGUUCAUGAACGAAGAACGUCGGAACUAAAGCGCUAAGUGUGCUUCGUGCUUUUCGUGUGCAUAGAUAUAGGCAAAGCAAGCCUACAGUCCGAGUUAGCUAUCGAUGUUUAUGUGUAGGAUUCGCAGGUAAGUGAUAAGAAUGUUGAAAAUGUUUCAAUUUUAUGUGGCCAAAAAAGAAAAUUGACCCCAAUCGUGAGGAACAAAGUCUAGAAAACGAUAUUGCCACUGCGCAUCCAGUUUAACAGAAACUUUGUUUUAACUUUGCAACUAAGUUAUUACGCAAGGGUUUCGUAACUUUUAAUUGUGUAUUUAUCGUGAGUAAAAUUGUUUUCGUCGCAUUCUUAUCGUGUAACUUUUUGCAUGGAUAAAAUCAGGUUGAUAAGGUGCAAAUUCAGAUUACACACACAUUUUAUCGAUUCGAUAUCGGCAUUAAGUUACAAGCAGUUCUAUCUACUAAGUUUUAGUAGAUGUUUUAAGGACGUCUGUCUCAGUGAUCAUUAUGUCGGCUCUUAGUUUUAAUGGUGCCUAUCUACCUGCAGAGAAUACCGUAUCAGCCUCUGUUUAUGAUCUAAAGUUGAUACUGCCAUCUUGAUAUCAUGUGUGAAUGCACGAGACAUAGAUGGCGGCACUUGCUUUUACCUUACAGGUGGUUGCUACUGUAUUUUUUUUUAAUAUUUGCUUUGCUUCAAUACAAGCGGAAACUGUACCGACGAAGUUUAGAAAGUUCAAGUUAGACCAACACGCAGCACGAACUCCUCGUCGCCGCUGCAAGUGGCCGAGUCGUUGGGAGUUGUAAAAAAAAUACGGAAUGUAGGAUUGUGAAGAAAAGAGAAGAUUAUUUAUUUUUGCUAACAUUUAUUAAUGUCGUCCUUGUAAAGUUUAAUAUUAGAGAGGUGUCCUUCUCUUUCCAAUGGGGGGACAUUGGUCAAUAUUUUGAUAUUAUUGAUGUGUGAAAAUAAUUACUUCAUAUUUAUAUUCGAGAGGAAAUACAAAAAAAACUAUGAAAACCUUACCUGAAAAUUCGAUUCGUUCAAACCCAAAAUUGGAAGCAAAUUAGAAGCGGGAAAACAUACAGAAAGGCAAUUGGCAGUAAUAGAUGGCUAAUAAAGCAAACUAAUAAUAAAUGUGCAUAUUUAUCCGCUAAGCUGUAAAGCGAAAUCAAUGGAAAAGUGCAAACUGCAACUAAAACACAAAAGAACUCACAGUGAAAUGAAAGUACAUUCAAGCAACAAUAUAUCAAAUCAACGCAUUGGAAACAAAAUAUUAUAGAUUAUUAAAUAGUAAUAUAAACAGAUUUAAAAGAAACAAACGUAGGUUUUAGCAUUUUCUCUCAUUUCUGAUUACCAGUUGGGUAGUUCACAACAGUAACGUAGAUGUCACUACUAUAAAAACAGUAUUUUAAGCAAUGUUUUCUUUUGUUUUUAAUGUUAUACCUUCCGUUUUUGUGUGACUAUUUAUUAAUUCAAUUCACUACCGUAGCUAUUAUUAGUUAACAUUUUCCUUGUUUGUCUUUAAUCACAACUUGAGCAACUAUUUUCAGUCAUUGAUAGAUGGUUGUUUGUUAUCGUUAUAAUUUGACAAACCACACCAACACACACACAAACACACACCAACAUGCUUUCAACACUGACAUCUCGGACUGGUCAAGUCCUACAAAUACACCCGUCCUAUCACAAAACGUAGGCAUCUAGUUUUACAGAUAGUCUUUUUUCCACAUUUAUCAUUAUCACUAUAAAUUGAGAAAUUGCCCUUCCUUCCAAAUGAAACUUGCAAAUUAAACACAAUGAAAUUGCCUGCUGCAUCUAUUUAUACAUAUGUAUCGUCCUUGUUGAAGAUGAUAACAACUCACAUAAAUGAUAAAACUAUUAAUCUAAAAAAAAAUGAAAACGAAUCAAAGUGAGGUAUAAAAUUAAUCGAUUGAUUGAACUAAAAAGAUCGUACCCAGAAAGAAGGAAAGUGGAAGUGCAAAUUCACAAACUUGUGGAUAAGAGGAUUUAUUUACAAAUUGAUAGCGAACCUUAGCUUAGGCAUGAGAUGAAAACAGAAAACCAACAAAAACAAAAAAUCACACACGCAUAGAUUUACUAGUUUACGUUAAGUGAGAGAUGAAAACCUACAUUUACUAUAAAUUCAAAAUGAAGAGAUGAAAAAAAAAAACGCAAAACAAUGAGCAUUAAAUUGCAAUAUACCAACAACAGUUUCAUUCACUUGGUCGCUGAUGAGUAUAUAGAGUAAUAUAUAUUGCAUUAAUAAUGAUAACUACCUAAAAUUAGAAGAAGAAAAAAACACAAGAA